AUGGGCUCUUCGGCACCGUCCUCCUCCUCGCCCGCGGCCGGGCCCGACGCGGCCGGGCCUGCGAGCGCGGAGAGCGAGGGCCCGUUCCGCGUUCGGCGAGUCGCCAUCAUCGGGGCGGGGCCGAGCGGGCUCGCCACGGCGAAGUACCUCCUGGCGCAGCCGGCGCACGGCGCGGGCGGCGCGGCGGGGUGCUACUUCGCGCGGGUCGACGUGUUCGAGCAGCAGGCGGAGGCGGGCGGGGUGUGGAACUACGACAGCGCGGCGAAGGCGCAGGUCGAGGCGGCGGCGGCCGGCGCGCCCCUCACCGGCGAUGCGCACCCGCCGCUCGACGCGCCCGUCGUCCUCGCCGGCGACGGCACCCCGCGCUUCCCCUCGCCCAUGUACGACGACCUGCACACCAACAUCCCGCACACGCUGAUGCGCUUCUCGGACCGCGCGUUCGCCGCGCCCGGCGCGCUCUACCCGCCCCGCGACGCCGUGCAGGCCUACCUGCUCGCGUACGCGCGCGACGUGCGCCACCUCGUGCGCUUCUCGACGCAGGUGACGCGCGUGGCGCUGCGGCGGCGGCGGCGGCGCGCAGGGGAGGAGGAGGAGGAGGACCGGCGCGCGCUCGACCAGUGGGACGUGUGCGCGCGGGACCUGCGGUCGGGGCGCGAGACGCGCGAGACGUACGACGCGGUGGUGGUGGCGUCGGGGCACUACGCGACGCCGCGGGCGCCGGCGGGGCUGGCGGGGCUGGCCGAGUUCCGCGCCGCGCUCCCCGGCGCCGUGACGCACUCGCGCACGUACCGCGGGCCGGCGCCGUUCCGCGGCCGCAAGGUGGUCGUCGUGGGCACGGGGCCCUCGGGGCUCGACAUCGCGGCGCAGAUCCGCCGCGUGUGCGCGCCGCCGCUGCUGCUCUCGGCCCGCACGCCCGCCGCCGCCGACGUCCUCGCCCACCUCGCCGCCGACGCGCCCGCCAGCCUCGUCCAGGUCGGCCGCAUCAGCCGCUUCGUCGCCGCCGAGCGCGCCGUCGAGUUCCACCCCCUGGACGGCGACGGCGACGAGGGCGCAGAGCCGCCGCAGACCCGCUACGAGCGCGACGUCGACGCCGUCGUCUUCUGCACCGGCUACUUGUACACGUUCCCGUUCCUGCCGCGGACGCUGGGCCCGUCGCGCUCCUCGGCGGAGGAAGGGGAGGGGGGGGGGAAGGAGGAGGAGGAAGAGGAGGAAGAGGAGGAAGAGGAGGAAGAGGAGGAAGAGGAGGAGGAGCCGCUCGUGACGGACGGCCGGCGCGUGCACGGGCUGGCGAAGCACUUCGUGUGCGCGGCGCACCCGACGCUGGCGUUCCCGGCGCUGCCGAUCAAGGUGAUCCCGUUCCCGCUGGCGGAGGCGCAGGCGGCGGUGCUGGCGCGGGGGUGGGCGAACGCGCUGCCGCUGCUGGACGCGGUGGACGGGUGGGCGGCGGACGAGGCGCGCGCCGACGCCGCCGCGGCGCGCCGCGACCCCGACGAGAAGUACCACGUCUUCCCGCCCGGCGCCGACGGCCGCUACCUCAACGAGCUGCACGACCUCGUCGCCGCCCGCACCACCCGCCCCGGCGGCAAGCCCCCGCCGCGCUGGGGCCCCGAGCUCCUCUGGCAGCGCAGCAUCUUCGCCGAGGCCAAGAUGCGGUUCGAGAAGGACGGCAGCAGGGCCCAGUCCCUCGCCGAGCUCGGCUUCCGCUUCGAGCCCGCGCCCGAGGGCCCCGAGGGCGAGGGGCCGGAGGAGGAGGAGGAGAAGAAGAAGGGAGAGGAGCCGGGUUUGAAUGUGGCGGGGUGA